UCAUCAGACAGCAGAAGCAGCAGAAAUGAUCGCACUGGACCCCGGAAGUGUGUGUGACCCUCAUCAUCAUUUCUCACCUAUGAAACCCUUUAAACAGCUUGAGAAAUGAAAUUAUCUAUUUCUAUCUGCCCAUCGCUCAUCUGAGAAUCACAACUGGGGGAUAAAAUCUGAUUUCGGAGGCGGGUCCAGACUGUGGAUGCCUUUGAGUUCAAACCCAACAGGGUUCGAGAGGAUGUCAUUGUGAGGGACGCUCUGUGUGGUGAGAAUGCAGUCUUCAGGACACCGGUUGAGGGAUGUGGAGCAGCACCAGCCCCUGCUCAGCGGAGGAGAGGAGGAGGUGGCGGCUAGCCGCGUCUGGUUCAUCCAGGACAGCUGCGGGAUGGUGUGCGCCUUUGUGACCUGGUUUCUGGUUAUGUACGCAGAAUUCGUGGUAAACUUUGUCAUGCUGCUCCCCUCCAAAAGCUUCUGGUACUCUCUCAUCAACGGUGUGGCGUUUAACUUCCUGGCUGUGCUGGCGCUGACGUCACACCUGCGAACCAUGCUGACGGAUCCGGGAGCUGUUCCCAAAGGUAACGCCACUAAAGAAUACAUGGAGAGUCUGCAGCUGAAGCCAGGAGAGGUCAUCUACAAGUGUCCAAAAUGCUGCAGCAUUAAACCAGAGAGGGCACACCAUUGCAGUAUCUGUAAGAGAUGCAUCAGGAAGAUGGAUCACCACUGUCCUUGGGUCAACAACUGUGUGGGCGAGAACAAUCAGCGAUUCUUUGUCCUCUUCACUAUGUACAUAGCCUCCAUUUCUUUGCAUGCGCUGUGUCUCAGCGGUUUCCACUUCUUCACCUGUAUUAAAGUCCAGUGGAAUGAGUGUAGUGAUUUCUCCCCACCUGUGGCGGUGAUGCUGCUGAUUUUCCUGUGUCUGGAAGCACUGCUAUUUCUCACCUUCACUGCUGUCAUGUUCGGCACUCAGAUUCACUCCAUCUGUAAUGAUGAGACGGAAAUCGAGCGACUGAAGAACGAGAAGCCCACGUGGGAGCGGCGGGUGCGAUGGGAGGGGAUGAAGGCUGUUUUCGGCGGGCCGCCCUCUCUGCUCUGGUUCAACCCAUUUGCUGGACUCCGUCUUCAGGUUCUGAUGGUUCGUGCCCGGAAAAACGGGGCCGAGUUCUCCGUCUGAGUGAAGAAUGCUGUCUAUAAGGCACAGCCGUCUGCCUUCAUGACUAUUACCCCCCUCACAUAGGACAUAGGACUCCUUCCUUUAAUGCUAAAGCAGGUUUGGAGGUACUACGGUGAAAACCUGUUAAAUAACUGAUGUCGCUCCUGGAACAAUGAGGCUACGUCUCGAUACAGUCUGUCUGUGUCCACACAUUAAUACCUCGGACGGCAGAUCAUACUUGUUAUGCUCAUAUUGUCUUCAUGAACAUUCACACUCCAUGGGUUUUUGAUUUGCCUUUUUUUUUUUUUUUUUUCCUCUGAAAUUUACGGAUCAUUUGAAGGGUGUUGAUAUCCGUUAUCCAGCCUGAAGUAAUUGCAUCUAGAGCGGCAAAAAUAAUGGUUGCGAUGGUUGUUUAAAGAAAUAGAUCAUAAACCAAACGGAAUGUGUUUUGCCAAAAAACAAAUUCUUAUGUGAAUCUCACAAAAAUGCCCAGGUCAUCUCAAAAUCAAAAGGAAUUAUAUUGUUCUAUAUUUCUUCACCUAUUAUAUUUACAUUGAAAGUAAAUAUUUAAUUUGCAUUAUUGUAAUAUAAUCUAUUAUUUAAAAUGUUACGUAUUUAUACAUCAUGAUAUUUUUUGUACUGAAUAUAAUUUAUGCUCAUUUUAAUUUUUAAUUUCUUUAUUAUACCAAUGACAGUGAGAUUUGUUUCACACUACAGUGAUAAUUUGUUUAGCUGCUUAAUGCACACAAAUCUUAAUUGCAGAUAAAAUUAGCUUUGUUUUCUUAGUGAAAUAUAAUAUUUUUCUUUUCUUUUGAUUUUGGAGGAACUGGGCAUUUCCUUGUGAGAUUCGCUUUCUUAAGUGUUAAGAGGUUGCGGCUGGUUUAGUCACCUUGUCUUUAGCACAUACCCUAAACGAUAAAGUCAUUUUAAAAUAGUCUCAUCUUCAUGUAUUGUAGAGAUAAUAAUAGACUCAUUCUGAAGUCUUGAAAUUAAUGCCGAUCCCACAAAGAGCUUGAAUGGACGGCGUAACUAUAUAUAAUUCUCACAUUGACCUUAAGCUGCUCUGUGAGAUAAAUAAAGACAUAUCACAUUAUGGCGUACAUAAUUAAAGUAUGUCCUCUGUGCGCACGAGGCCCACGGCUGAGCCAGGAACUCUAAUUAACGUGUAGAUUACAAUUUUAACACGCAGCAGUAUAUGAGCUGACGUGGACGGGCGCCAUCCAUGUGGUGAGACUUUUAGCGAGCUCGUCAGUUUGCUGCACAAUUCACCGAGGCUGACUAUCACUUUGUGUUUUAUACAGUUUCUCGUUGCAUCGUGUUUUCAUUGUCUUCUUCACUUUUAUCGGUAGAUUGCUUUUACCUUUAGCUUAGAGAAUCGUUUCAUGGUGACCACUUAAGUUUUCCUUGUGGAAACAUCUUUUCAUCAUAUAAAGCUGGAAGGUGUUUGGGAGCGUCGAGAUGAUGUGUGUGUUGCUUUGAUUUUCCAGGGAAUCUCACAAAAUCUGUCAAAAACAACUUUGUGUCAUAUUUGACCCCCAAAUGAAAUUAU